GCUCAAUUGAUAAAAGCGGUGAGAGCCUAAAUAUGUAGAAAAACUCACUCAAAUCUUACGAUCUGUGAUAACACAGCUGCGCGAUCGCUUGUGUUAUGUUCAACGUGCUGUAUUUUUUUCAAAAAAAAUAUAUAAAAAAUUGAGCACUUUUUUGCCGGUUACUCGACUCACAUGUGCACAUGAGCAUAAUACGAUUGAGCGUUUUGAACGCACACGGUGUUUGCUGAGUUUUGUUUGUCGUUUUCUUGAUUGGAUUUUUAAGCAACGAAACGGUACGUUUUCGGUUUUAGUUCAAAUUGGCAGACAAAAGUCAAAACAGCGUAUCGAUUUGGAAGCGCUUAAAAUUAUAGUCAACCUACCAUAGACUACUAGCAAAAAGUGAGAAAAAUAUUUUUGGUGUGAUUUAUUACAGUAAAAAUAUAAAAAUAAUACCAACAACAAAAUUAGCGAAGUGUCGGAGAGAGUGUUUCUCAUUGCAUUGUAACGAAAGUGUUGUUUGUGAAAUUUCGCAAAUUUGCAAUAAAGUGCAAGGUGUGCAAAAGCCUAGCAAAAUAGCCGAAGCUGGCCCAGAUUCGUCAUUAACAGUAAUAUUAGAAAAUUUCCGGCAGUGUAGACAGUGUGUGCAUAUGUCGAUUUUUCUUAAAUAACUGUUGCUUUUCUUGCAACAUUGUGCGUAAUAUUGACACUUUUGGCAAUCGCUUGCAACAGAAGUGCCCAAAAGCGUGCGAGAAGUCUAGAAGAAAGCAAAAAUUUCAAAACUACUCGGUGACAGUUACACACUCGACCGAAAGGCAAUAGAAUCGCCCAGCGUCCACCGCUCAAAGGCAUAGCGACACCAGAAAAGGCAAAACAAAUACAAAUCAAGCGCAAAAUCAAUAGCUGUCAACUAUGGAUGUCGGAAAAUAUUUGGGAUUAUUGGCACUGAUGCUGCUCUCGCUGUUGGCGCUCUACAGCAGCCCAGUGGAGGCGUGCAGUUGCAUGCCCAGCCAUCCGCAGACACACUUUUGCAAUGCGGAUUACGUUGUCAUAAUACGCGUAAUGCGCAAGUCCCUCCGUUUAGUGCAAGACAAAAUCGCAUACAAAGUGGAGGUCAAGAAGUCAUAUAAGAUGAACGAAGCCGGUCACAAGCUGCUCAAGCACGGUCGUAUUGUAACACCAAAUUCCGAUGCCAUGUGUGGCAUUAACCUGGACAUAGGCAAGCUCUACGUGAUUGCCGGCCGUGGUCCCUAUUUGAACAGUUGCAGCUAUGUUAAGGAAUAUCAAAAAAUGUCGGUGAUUGAAAGGCGUGGUUUUGCCGGCGCAUAUCGCAAAGGUUGUAAAUGCUCGGUGCAACCCUGUUUCGGCCAAAGCUGCUUAAGCGAACACCAGUCGGCAACCUCGUGCAAAUGGUCACCGUUCGCUAAGUGUGAAACCGAUUAUAGCGCCUGCAUUCCCUCACAUUACCGCACACCCGAAGGCAUCAUCUCCAAAUGCCAUUGGCGAAGAACGCCGGCAUACAAGAAAUGCAUGUCUGAUCCAUAAAUUACAUAACACAUAUAUACCAGAUAUGUACGAGUAUGUAUAUAAAACGAGGCAGUAAAAGAAUUGAGCGAAACCAACAAUAAAUAAUUGUACACGAAAAGUUGCUGUUCGUUCUUCAUAGUUUAGCUGUAUUUUACGAAAUAAUUACUUAUUUAAUGUUAACCUGUUAAAUACAUACUUACUACACCAAAAUGUUUUGUAUGUAUGGGUAGUAGAUGUACACGCGCAGCAUUUCCAUUUUGACAUUUCAUAAUUUCACUUAAUUUUAAAAAUUAUUAGUAAUUUCAUUAAUAUUUUUCCAAAUUUUUAAUUUAAUUUUACUUAAACAUUUUUCUGAAUUACUUUUAAGUUUUUUAAAUUAUUUUUUGAUUUUAAUUUUUUAUUAAUUUAAAAAAAUUUAAUUUUUUAACUUUUUAAUUUUUUUUGUUUAUUUUCUUUAAAUUUUUUUUAAAUAUUUUUUAUAAUUAUUAAUUUUUUCAAUAUCCAUUUUUAAUUAAUUUUGAAGGCAAUUUCCCUAAUUAGGUUCAUUUACCAUAUUUAAAGUUUUCAUUUUCGUAGGGAAAAUUUCAUUUUAUUUUCCUCUUCUCACUUGUACUUAUUUUCUGUGUUUCUUCACUUAAUUAGAGCUUUAAUUGUAUGUACAUAAUUAUAUUAUUAACAGUUAUUUGUAUUUAUCGUAAUAAAGCCACAAAUAAUACUUGUUUAUAUGUGUAAAAUAUUCGAAAAUAUUCGAAAAACUUGAA